UGCUGCAGAGGGUUGCUCUUGGUUUAUUCCUGAGUCGGGAAGCUGGUUUUCCUGUUUAAAUGAUCGUAUUUCUCGUCCCACAUGCACUUUGGCGCUCUGCCUGCGUGUUGCUGCACGAAGGUGCUUUGUGCUCUGCAGGAAGAGCUGCGCUGCCCCGGCUGCUUGACCAGUGCCCUUGGCCCACACCGCGGCCAGGGUCAGGAGCAGGUGCAAAAUGCCGCCCGUGGCGGCGCUGAGGAGGAUGGGGAUGGGAGAAUGAGUGCCUCUGUGGAGCUGCAGCAGUGCUGGCAGCAGCGCUGAGCGUGGCCAGUGCUCUGGGGGCAGUGCCACGUGGCUCAGGGCUGGAGCUGCAACCUGCUGGGCCUGGCAGCGCCGCUGGUGGACAGGACGGCACCGGGUGCCCGCGGGAAGCCCAAAGGCACGCAGCAAGGGCUCAAGUUGACCUGCUGGGGCUUUGCUGCGGGCACUGCGCACGCAGCACCAUGGCCACCGCAAAUGACAGAGCCAUCCUGCAGACCAUUUUCAACCCCAGCACUCCGUUUGGGGACAUCCCUGGACUGGAUGAGGAGGAGGACAUCCAGGAGGAAGAGGAGACCUUUGCGCCCAAGCUGCUGGAGCAGGUCCAGGACCUGGAGUUGCAGGGGGUUUCUGCUGCUGAAUCUGGAGAUGUGAGCACCGCCCUGGAACGGUUCAACGAGGCCAUCCGCCUGCUCCCUGGGCGCGCCUCGGGAUAUAACAACCGGGCCCAGGCCCUGCGCCUCAAGGGGGAUGUGGCAGGUGCGCUGCGGGACUUGGACACCGCCAUCCACCUGGGCAGGGGCUGUGGCCGUGCCGCCUGCCAGAGCUUCGUGCAGCGGGGGCUGAUCCACCAGCUGCAGGCCCGCGAUGAGGACGCCCGGCGCGACUUCGAGCGUGCAGCACGCCUGGGCAGCGCAUUUGCACGGCGGCAGCUGGUGCUGCUGAACCCCUACUCAGCACUCUGCAACCAGAUGCUCUGUGAGAUGCUGGGACGGCUGCGCAACCCCAACGGUGCCAGCAGCAACUGAGGCUGCAGCUGCCGGAGCCCCCCUCCCAUUCAUCCUGGCCAGUAGCCAGGGGCAGGGCUGCCUUUGAGGCCUCAGGAGGUUUGAAGCCUGGUGGAGGCAGCAGCACACAGCCCGUAUGAUCCAGGGCCACCCUGAGGAAAGCUUUCUGCCCCUUGGUUUUGUCUCAGCUCUGUUCCACCCCAAAUAAAACCUCCCUGUCUGCCCAGGAGGGCUCUGGCUGCGGCG